AGCAACAUCCCAUGGCUAGUGUCCCUGGCUGAAAACUGCCAGGGCAUUAUUCUGAGUCAGUGGUGGAUCCUCUCCACAGCCAGCUGUCUGAAUAAACUGAAACAUUUGGACUCUGACAUUUCAGCAGUCAUUGACCAAGAAGAUAUCUUACUUGGCCAUACAAUAUGCCUGCACCCCAGUUUUGGUCCACAAGUUGGAAUGGAUCCAGUCAAAGGAGACAUAGGAGUCAUCCUGCUACAGUACCCUAUCAGGGUGGGGGGAAUACCACUUUAUCACACUUAUAACAUCUUCUGGAAGAGCUGUUAUAACUGCCAGUACAGACACUGCAGGGUAUACCAAUAUCAGAACCACAAUAUCUUUGGAACCAGUAUCAAAAAGCUGUCAGUUCAGCUGCUGGACCUCUCAUUCUGCCACCAUCAACAUAUCCACCUAACUAAAAGUAACAAUUUAUGCAUCUGGAGUCAGCCACAAGGAGACUGCUGGGUACAGCAGGGUAGUCCUGUUCUCUGCCUCUGUGGCAACCACUGGGAACUGGUAGGCCUGGUCAGUGAAUCCUCAAUGGCCUGUUAUGACCCUGUUCUUGUCAUCAAGACAGCCCCAUAUUUAUCUUGGGUGAAAUGGCUUAUCAAGACAUCUCAGAAGCCACUGGAUCCUAUUUUUUCCCUACCCUGCAAUUUUACUCCUGGGGUAGAACAUCGUCCACAAGACAGGCUUAGCCUGAGCAGGGGUACUGCCAUUUUGACCUCCCACAGACUCUCUGUACAGUCACGGAAGAGAAGAUUAGGCACUUUCCCACUGAACAGACAGCACCGGAAUCCUCCUCCAGUAUUUUUUCAUUUAAAUAAUAGAGACUCUUUUCCUGGCAGUAGACAGUUACACCUUCAAGCUAGUCAGCUCUCCUCAACUAGCAAAUUCCCAAUGAUACAAUCUUGGACGUCUCUUGUUACCAAACAGCGGGAUCCUUCUGAUAUUUCUGAGCCCUGGAAUACCCCAAUAGCUGGUACUUCUGAAACUUUGGUUCUUUCUGGACCCCCAAAGACUCCAACACCUGAUAAAUCUAUACCCUGGGGCCUUCCUCAGAAAGAUACAAUGAAAUAUCAAUACCAAACGAUGACCAAUUCAGUAAACCCCUGGGUUAAUCCUUUAGCUGGUAUCAUUGGGCUUCAUACUCUACCAUUAGUUAGUUCUGCUAUAUCCUGGGUUUUGUUUUCAAGUGGCAUAGAUGGAUCCCACCUUCUUUCUGGGGUUAAUACUGUACAGUUUCAAGUUCAGUCUAGUAAGGUUCCUUUCCAUGGUCAACUUCUAGCUAGACCCUGGCUAGAAAUUACCCCUGACAUUGGACCUUGGACACAUUCUGUACCUGAUAAAACUGGAACAGUGAUGCAGAUACAAUCAAGUGAAGAGAAUAUUGGAAGCCAAAUACACCAUGUAGUCGAUAGAGUUCACACUGCUUUUAAACCAGUAACUUAUAACUUGAAUGCAUGGGUUCCUUUAACAGUUAAUAAAAAUGAAUUCUGGACUCAUUCCACGCUAAAUGCAGAUGGAUCUCAGUAUCCUACAUUAACUCUUACGUUGGAACCCUGGUUUCAGUCAGUCUUAAAUUUAGAUGGAUCCCAAGAACUUACAGAAAAGACUAAUGAAUACUGGAUUCUUCCUGAAUCUAAGUCAGCUCAAUUGUGGACUUCUUCAGCACUUAAUAUGCCUUUCACUUGGAUACCAUCUGCAAGCAACACUAUUAAGUCUUGGGCACAAUAUAAUACCAGUCUGAGCAAAGCCUCAAGUCAAAUGGAGAGAAUAAGUCCAUGGAGUAAACGUGAAUCUUUUAUGGUCAAACCCCAGAUUCAAACUGCAGAUACAACCUGGUUUUUGACACAUACUAUUACAAAUGUAAUUAAGCCUUUUUUUCAGUCUAAAGCUGAUACAACCAGGCCCUGGAGUAAACCUGAAGCUGCCAUAACCCAAACCUGGACCCAGCCAGAAACCCAGGCAAGAAAACCACUGACUCAGCUGAAAGCAGAAAUCAGACCAUGGUUACAGACUAAAACUGAAAGAAUCAGACGCUGGAUUCAGCCUAAGUUUCAAAUAGUCAGACCUAGAGCCCAGACUGAAAAUGGUAAAGACAAACAUUGGACCCAGUCAGAAGCACAUAUAAUUAGAUCCGUGACACACACUGAAAUUGAAACCUUCAGACUUGGGAACAAGCCUAAAGCUGGUACAGCCAGAUCCUGGUUUUGGACUCAGUCUAAUCAAAUGAGAGCAAGGUCUCAGCCAGACUUGCAAACACUCUACCCUUGGACUCAGCCUGAAGUUGACAUAGUGAGACCAUGGACUCAGUCCAAAGCUAGUAGCAUCCAACCAUGGAUGAAGCCUGAAGCAUUGACAUUCAGAAUCUGGUCGCAGUCUAAAGUUAAUACAAUUACACCCUGGACAGGGCCUGAAGCUGAUGUAGCUAGACUUUGGUUGCAAAUACAAACCAAUACAUUCAGAACAUGGAGCCCACUUGAAUCUCAGACAAACAUCUCCUGGUCUGAGCUUGAAGCUGAUAGAGUCAGAUCUUGGUUGUAUACUCAAAUGCAUACAUUCAAACCUUGGAUUGAGACAGAAUUUCAAACAGCCCAUUCCUGGACCCAACCUGAAGGUGAUAUAGCCAGGCUUUGGACUAAAUCUGAGGCUGACAAUGUCAGACAUUGGUUCCAGACUCAAGUGGAGACACCCACAAUGUGGACAGAGCCAGUAUCCCAAGUAGUCCACCACUGGAUACAGUCCAAAACAGAAAUAGUUAGGCCCUGGAACCAACCUGUGGCAGACAAGCUAAGAGCCUGGAUACAACAUGACAUUUACACUGUAAGGCCCUGGGAUGAGCUUGAAGGUGAUAAAGUUAGAUUCUGGACGCAGUCUGAAUCUGACAUAAGCCUUGGAUUCAGCCAGAUGUGGGUAUAA